CUUCGUGGAGAAGAUCCAGAUCGGGGAAUCCUACGAGAAGCGCCCUCUGUACGCCCUCAAGUUCAGCACCGGCGGAUCCAACCGCCCGGCCAUCUGGCUCGACGCCGGCAUCCACUCCCGGGAGUGGGUCACCCAGGCCAGCGCCCUCUGGAUCGCCAACCAGAUCGCCUCCGGCUACGGAUCCGACUCCUCCAUCACCUCCCUGCUGGACAAGAUGGACCUUUUCCUGCUGCCAGUGGCCAACCCUGAUGGCUUUGUGUACACCCACACCUCGAACCGCAUGUGGAGGAAAACGCGCUCCAAGAACGCGGGCAGCGUGUGCUACGGGGUGGAUCCCAACAGGAACUGGGAUGCGGGCUUUGGAGGUCCCGGGGCCAGCAGCAGUCCCUGCUCCGACUCCUACCACGGCCCCAGCGCCGAGUCCGAGGUGGAGGUGAAAUCCGUGGCCGACUUCAUCAGGAACCACGGGAACUUCAAGGCCUUCCUCACCCUGCACAGCUAUUCCCAGCUCCUCAUGUAUCCCUACGGAUACAAGUGCACCAGGCCCGACGACUACGCCGAGCUG